AUGGGAAGAAAGAAGCGAUCUCAAAACAGCAACAAGGAAGGUUCUGCGCCAAAGAAAGCCAAACCAGACACUGGUGAAAGCUUCCUCGUAAAAAAAUACAGACCGACAAAGAUUUAUCAAGCGAUGGAAGCCUUUGUCAAAUACACUAAAUCACAUCGCAUGUUGGACGCUUCUUACGUGCGAUGGAACACUGGUGUGACACCAGAAAAGCCGCAUGUGUUUUCUACUCGCGUUGGAGGGGUCGAUCUUGGUUGGGGACGCGGGAAAACGAGAGAAGCGGCUAUGGAUUGCGCUUGUCGUGCUGCCUUUGCUUUGGUUAGUGCUCAUGGCUACAACAACUUUCCUGUGGACGAUGACUGCCUAACACAGCCACCGGUGGAUAUACCACCGCCCCCUCCACCACCACCUCCUCCAGGUGUUAUUCCUGGCCUUCCAACGGGUAUGCCACCACUCCCGUACCAGCCUGGAGUAGUAGUAGUGCCUCCUCUUCCUGGAAUGCCACCGCCUCCUGUGGGAUUGCCACCUCCACCUACUGGAUUGCCUCCCCUUCCUCCUGGUGUGCCUCCGCCACAGCCACCACCACCGAGUUUGCCGUCGGCUGAUCUCAUUCCUCAGGCCCAAAUAGUAUCCACCGCUGCCCCAACCGCGUCGAGUUUAGCCACCAGUAGUAGUAUCAAUGCCGGAAAAAUUAAUACACCGGCUGCAUCUGGAGCCCAAAGCGCCGCCUCUCUCUCCAUGUCCUUGAACGCACCAGCGACUGCGGGCAAGACAACAAAAACCAAGAAACUCAAGGGGGGUCUGACACUCAUCUUCGAUCCUGAAGGAGACGUAGCGGAGGAAAUGUCCAUGGAAGAAGUACGUGCCAGUUUACCAAGAUAUCAGAAAUUACUGCGAAUGGCUACUGCGAAUCAAUAG